UUCACAAAACUGUGCGUUUCAUUCCGGAACCAACUGAGCUGCGUGGUGGUAGAGACAGUUUGUCGCAGAUCUGCUGGUGAAGAAGAAAAAAGAUCACACCAAAAAGCUUGAAAUGUUUUAGCAUAUGCUUUGAUCAGAUAAUCAUCAUCAUAAUCUUUCAGAAAAUCAUCAAGCAAGAUGGUGCUGGUAACGGCGGUUAAGGAUUACAUUAACCGUAUGCUUCAAGACAUUUCCGGCAUGAAAGUUCUUAUUCUCGAUUCCCAAACGGUGAGUAUUGUAAGCGUUGUUUAUUCACAAUCAGAGCUGCUUCAGAAGGAAGUCUUUUUAGUAGAAUUAGUGGAUUCGGUUCCCAUCUCAAAGAAAGAAUCCAUGUCGCAUCUUAAAGCUGUUUAUUUUCUUCGUCCCACAUCACAAAAUAUUCACCAUUUACGCCGCCAGUUAUCCAAUCCUCGCUUUGGGGAAUACCACUUAUUUUUCUCGAAUAUGUUGAAGGAUACCCAGAUUCACAUUUUAGCUGAUUCCGACGAGCUGGAAGUUGUGCAGCAAGUUCAGGAAUUUUAUGCAGAUUUUGUUGCAUGUGAUCCUUACCAUUUUACGCUGAAUAUUCCUGCAAAUCACAUCUUUAUGCUCCCAGCUGUUGUGGAUCCUCCUGGUUUGCAGCUCUUCUGUGAUAGAGUUGUUGAUGGUAUUGCCACUGUUUUUUUGGCUCUUAAACGAAGACCAGUUAUUCGAUAUCAGAGAACCUCUGAUAUUGCAAAGAGGAUAGCCCAAGAAACAUCAAAAUUGAUGUACCAGCAGGAAAGUGGCCUUUUUGAUUUCAGGAGAACCGAAAUUUCUCCUUUGUUGCUGAUAGUUGAUCGAAGGGAUGAUCCUGUAACUCCACUGCUAAACCAGUGGACCUAUCAGGCAAUGGUUCAUGAAUUAAUAGGUGUUCAGGACAACAAAGUAGAUUUGAGAAGUGUAGGAAAUCUUCCAAAAGAUCAACAGGAGGUUGUGCUGUCAUCGGAGCAAGAUGCUUUCUUUAAAGCUAACAUGUAUGAGAACUUUGGAGAUAUUGGAAUGAAUAUCAAGAAGAUGGUGGACGAUUUUCAGCAAGCUGCAAAAAGUAACCAAAACAUCCAGACAAUAGAGGACAUGGCCAAGUUUGUUGAUAGUUAUCCUGAGUACCGGAAAAUGCAUGGAAAUGUCUCAAAGCAUGUGACAUUGGUAACAGAAAUGAGCAAAAUAGUUGAAGAGAGAAAGCUCAUGUUAGUUUCAGAAACUGAGCAAGAGUUGGCAUGCAAUGGUGCGCAAGUUGCAGCUUUUGAGGCUGUGACAAACCUUUUAAAGAAUGAAAGUGUAUCUGAUUUCGACUGUCUAAGAUUGGUGAUGUUAUAUGCUUUGCGCUAUGAGAAGGAGAGUCCUGUUCAAUUAAUGCAGCUUUUCAACAAACUGGCUUCUCGAUCUCCUAAGUACAAGCCUGGGCUUGUCCAGUUCCUUCUGAAGCAAGCAGGUGUGGAUAAGCGAACUGGUGAUCUAUAUGGGAACCGUGAUUUUCUCAAUAUUGCCCGCAAUAUGGCCCGUGGCUUGAAGGGGGUAGAAAAUGUAUACACUCAACAUCAGCCUCUUUUGCUCCAAACAAUGGAAAGCAUAAUCAAAGGCCGGAUGAGAGACAUGGACUACUCUUUUGUUGGGAACCACUAUCAACAGGGAAGGCCGCAGGAUGUGGUUAUUUUUGUUGUUGGCGGGACAACUUAUGAGGAAUCUCGUUCUGUUGCUUUGCUAAAUGCCAGCAAUCCUGGAAUUCGUUUUAUUCUCGGCGGGUCUGUGGUUCUUAACUCAAAGAGAUUUCUCAAGGACCUUGAAGAAGCUCAAAAGAUUGCUCGAAACAGCACCAAUGCGGUUUAAAGUUUGCGCUCUUUAGAAAUGCAGCUACUCUAUGCAUAAAUAGAUAUCUGUACACAGCUUUGCAAGAAGGCCUGCACAGACAGCCAAGAGUUAUGAACUGGUGCUUUAGAUUGCUGGGAUAGAUUCAUGACUCUGACCAGCCCAUGGUCACUGCAUGAGCAGAUGUUUAGAUUCACCUCUUGUCUGAAAAUUACAGCCUGGAAAAAAGCUGAGAAAGGCGUUUAUCCGUAAACCCUCGUAUACCCGUAAGCUUCUUGCAGAAAAAUGAGUCCAUACUUUGACAUCUCCCCUACCCACUUGAGCGUCAAAUUCUAAAGGCUUUACCAAAUUAUUACACAUUGCUAGAUGUCUAUAGUCACUAGGCAUAAAUUUGUAUGUUCUCGAACAAAAUGUAUUCACUGCCAAAAUAGGAAAUUUUACACUUGUGAGUACUUUGUCGUUGUAUACAUUAGGCAGCUUUGCCAUCUUUAGCUUGUUGGAAAAAAACAAACAAAUUUUCAAUACAAGUUUGAGUCAUUCACACAUUGCUUAAA